GAGCAGUACACUACAUACAUGCCAUGCAGAAAACGUAUGCUACAGUUGUGGGUCUAAACUAUUCAGCAACUGUGGAAGGUUAUAAUUCAUUAUGGCAGUGGUGAUCGGAAUUCUCAUAAUCGUUGCAGUAAGGAUCUCCAAAGUCAACACACACGUCUGUACUUUCCAUGACCAAAAUGGCGAGUUUGUUGACUGUAGAGGGAGACAACUCCUGCAAGUUCCUGACGACCUCCCACGGAAUAUUACCUCUCUUGACAUCAGUGACAAUCAGAUAACAGUUCUGAGAAAUAUGACAUUUCAAAACUUAAACUGUCUUACGCACAUAAACCUGAACAAUAACUUACUUAUCACUAUGGAGCCUGAUGCCUUGGUGGGGGUAUUCAGUCUGACCACUCUGCUUCUUGCUAGUAACAAACUCUCACAGCACAACUCCUUACCAGAAGGACUUUUCCGAGACCUUGGGAAUUUGCAUACACUCAAUCUUGAGAAUAAUAACAUGAAAGCAUAUCCAGAUUUGGUGUUAGCUCCCCUCACCAAGCUCCACAGCCUGUACAUUGACCCCGUUCCAGAUGCUGUCUUUGGGUCUGGAUUCUCAAAACUGACAAAUCUCAAAGUUCUCAAGAUGGAUGGUGGUCAUUGUUCAUUAGAAAAAUUAACAAAUGAAACGUUUCAAAGUUUAAAUGAAACUAAACUUGAGGUACUCCUUCUAAAUCAUUGUCACCAUUUAACGUUGUGUGAGAGUGGUGUUCUUGAACCGUUGCCCUUCCUCAAACAUCUGGAACUAACCAACAAUGCCAUCGGUAUCCAAAAGGUUUUACAUCUUCUUUAUCCUCUUGUUGGAAGGAACAUGACUAGAAUAUGGUUGAACAACACAUUUAAAACCCCGGCUCGCUUCAAGGAAGAUGUAGAUGACCGUAUCCUAACAGAACACAGCACACGCUUUUUGACUCAGAUAUGUGUUUCAGAGUUGUCCUUGAAAGGUAACCGGAUAUGUUUAAUUGAAACAGGUUCUUUCAACAAGUCACCCAUCCGUGAAUGUUUGGAAGUGUUUGAUCUCUCAGACAACCGUCUCAUUGGAGAUGCACGUUUUGCGUUAUUCGUUGCGGUGUUCUCACAAAUGAGAUACCUGGACUUAAGUCAUCAACAUCAUACAUAUGAUGGAACUAUAAGCAGAUGGGAAGGAGCAGAAGGGAGGAAAAAGGGAAACCUCACACUGAUGCUACCCCCCAAACUCCAUUAUUUUGAUGCAACAGAAACAUUUAUGUUGUCAGAUACGUAUGAUGAAAUCACGUUUACAAAUACCGAAAAUCUUGACACAUUGCUUUUUGGAUACAACCAACAACAUGAUCGUGCUCGUGUGAAAGGGUUGGAAAAUGUAAGUCACGUUGACUUAUCUGGAAACAAACUUGGCAAUGUUACUGAAGACUUUUUUAUGUCAUUUUCAAACGUCAAAACGUUAUCUUUGAAAGAGUGCAACUUACAAUUUGCCAAUGAUGUGGUAAGAGCUCGAAAUAUAUUUGGUGCUCUUAAAUUAGUGGUAUAUUUGGAUCUUUCGUUAAAUGGCCUACAAGUCUUCCCAUUCAUCCUAAAUCAAAAUAGAAUCAAAUAUCUUCAUCUUUCGCAAAACAAAUUUGAUACCAUUCCCAUUGUGACAACUACUUUUCCAAGUCUUACGCUUCUGAACAUGUCACAUAAUAUGAUAGGACAUUUGGAUAAGUAUACACAAUCUGACUUGGAUUCCUCAGCCGAAAGAAACCGUCUAAAAGUUAUAGUUACAGGCAACACAUUUUCUUGUGGCUGUGAAAAUCUGGACUUCAUCCUGUGGUUGAUGGACUCACCAGUAAUUUAUGAGUCUGAUAGGAAUUUCCCUUGUAUUCAGGACAAUGGACAAAUGACAAGAACUGUUGAGGUUGUCAGGAAUUACAUCAGUAUCCACCGUCACUGUACUGGUAUAUGGAUGUUCACUCUCACAGUCCCAUGUUUGACUGUCUUCCUGACGUCUAUUGUAACCGUAUACCUUAUCUCCAAGAACCCAACAAGAUUCAAAAACAUACUCAUGGGAACACUUGGGUUUGGCGUCCAGUAUCUAACUCGAAAAGACUUUUCCUUCGCACUCUACAUCGGAUAUUGUGAAGCUGACAUUCCUUUUGUUUAUCGGAAACUUCGGCCUGCAUUAGAGCUUUGUAAUCACCCUGUGCGUCUCUUCUUAAAAGAUCGUGAAGUACUUCCGGGUCAUGACAUUGCUGACGGAAUUAUAGAAGGUAUUAACAAAAGUUGGAAGACUGUUCUUGUUGUAUCACAUGAUUUCCUUGAAGACCCCUCUGCCUGGUCACAUUUCACCAUCAAUGCAGCAAUAUACUCCAUGACUGUCCUCAUUCCUAACCGGAUAUUGAUCCUACUGGUGGGUGACAUCCAAGCAGAGGACCUUCCUCAGUGUCUGUUAAACAUGGUUGAGGAGGAAUUUAUAAUACACGUGGACGAAUACCCUGAGGAUCAGACAGCGUUGUGGAAACAUCUGAAACAGAUUGCAAAUUUGAAAGAAUAAUGGUUUUUAUAGUUGAUAUGAUAUGAUGUUAUAAAUUCUAGGUGGUUUAUGCAACAGUUAAAGCUUCGUCUUUCCGACAAUCUAAGGCAACUAUAGUAUGGAUCCAGUGACAGUAUAUCUCAUUCUUAUGGUCAUAUAAGCUUUAAGGCAGUUAUACAUGUAGACAAGAUCUUUCUUUACCAAUAAAUAUUUCUAUAAAAUCUUUAUUUGUUAGAUUGAUUAUUUGUAACUUUGGUUUAC